AUGGCCCUGCUGCUGGCCCUCUGGCUGGUGGCCCUGCUCGGCCUGGCCCAGGCGUGCCCCGAGCCCUGUGCCUGCGUGGACAAGUACGCCCACCAGUUCGCUGACUGCGCCUACAAGGAUCUUCAAGUGGUGCCCACUGGGUUGCCCUCCAAUGUGACCACCCUCAGCCUCUCGGCCAACAAGAUCACCUCGCUGCAGCGGCGCUCCUUCGUGGAGGUGACCCAGGUCACCUCCCUCUGGCUGGCACACAACGAGAUCCGCUCCAUUGAGCCCGGUACCUUUGCCAUCCUGGUGCAGCUGAAAAACCUCGACAUCAGCCACAACCAGAUCGUGGACUUCCCCUGGCAGGAUCUCUACAACCUCAGUGCGCUGCAGCUGCUCAAGAUGAACAAUAACCACAUGGCUCUGGUGCCUCAGGGGGCUUUCCACACCCUGAAGGACCUCCGCUCUCUACGCAUCAACAACAACAAGUUCACCACCCUUGCGGAGGGUAUCUUCGACUCACUCAGUUCCCUCUCCCACCUUCAGAUCUACAACAAUCCCUUUGAGUGCUCCUGCAAGCUCCAAUGGCUGAAGAAGUGGAUGGACAGCACACUCAUCUCCAUCCCUGAGAAGGACUCCAUCGCUUGCGCCCUCCCGGAGCAGCUCCGGGGAGUGUCGGUGGGGAAGAUCCCAGAUGUGCAGUGCACUUCGCCUACCGUGCAGCUUACCUAUUACCCCAACCUGGACACCACAGAGCUCUUUGACGGCUUCACCCUGACGCUGCACUGUGCUGUGACAGGCACCCCACCACCCGAAGUGAGCUGGAAGAUCCGCACCUCCAGCCAAACCCUGGAGCUCAAUGGGAACCCAAAGGAGAGCACUGGGAAGGACCCCCCCAAACAGGACCCCGAGCGCUUCUUGGUCUUCAAGAAUGGCACGUUGGUGAUUCCCCACCUGAGCAAGCGGGAAGAAGGCACCUACACCUGCCUGGCCACCAACGAAAUGGGGAGCAACCAGACCUCGGUCAAUGUGGCUGUGGCAGGCACCCAGAAAUACCCACUGCAGCCCGGGAGGGACCCACUGGGGGGUAAAGCACAGCCAGGUGACAAGAAGCCUGGGGCCAAGGGGGCAAAGAACAGUGUGCUCAUGCCAGACGAGAGGAACAAACCCCUCGGUCCCACCCUGCAGAGCCAACCAUCCUCAGCGGCUGGGACAGAGUCCACAGGAGAUGGGCAAGUCCCUUUCCAGCUUCCACCCUUUGAGAAGAAGUGUGGCUCCACGCAAACCAGCAAGUAUAUUUCCAACCAUGCCUUCAACCAGAGCGGUGACUUCAAGCAGCACACCUUCGACCUGGGGGUGAUUGCCUUAGAUGUGUCAGAGCGCGAUGCCCGGGUGCAGCUCACGCCCACCUACAUGCAGCCCGAGAAGGUCCACCUCAGGAUGCUCUACCUGUGCCAGGAGAGUGGCCAGGGCCAUGCCUUGGUCCAGUGGUCCAAGAUCGAGGAAGGGGUGAACUCGUACUGGUUCCAGGGCUUGAACCCUGGCACCAACUACUCCAUGUGUCUCACCUACCUGGGGGAGGACUGCCAGGUCCAAGUGGUCUUCACCACCAAAAAAGAGAUUCCCUCGCUCAUCAUCAUCGUGGUCGUGAGCAUCUUCUUGCUGGUGCUGGCCACCUUACCCUUGAUGGGGGCCACAUGGUGCCACCUCCUCUCCAAAUACCAAGGCAAGUCCUACAAGCUCAUCAUGAAGGCCCAGAACCCAGACCAGAUGGAGAAGCACAUGGCUGCCGACUUCGACCCCCGUGCCUCCUACCUGGAGUCUGAGAAGAACUACAAUCCCAGCGAGGUGGGGGAAGCGGACGUGGAGGAAGAAGUCGAUGAGGAGGAGGAGGAUGACGAAGGAGGCAGGCGGAGGAGGAGGAGAGAAGCUGAAGGGGUUCUGGAACUGGAGCGAGAGGAGAGUGUGGCGGCCAGCUCCAUGGUGGAGUCGCAAUCCAAAGCCAAUGGCGAGGAGUUCGAGGUCCGCUCCGAGUACAGUGACAAGCUGCCGCUGGGUGCCGAGGCCGUCACCAUCUCCCAAGAGAUCAACGGCAACUACCGGCACCCGUACUUGACAAGAAGAAGCAAAUCCCCAUCUCGGCUAGACCCAUCCCGUUCAUUCCCCCCGUCUCUGUUCCCAGGAGAAAGGAUGAGGCCCCUGCUCUGCUGCCUGGGGCUGGCCAUGCUCCUGGGACCCUGCCUGGCCUGUCCCAGAGCCUGUUCCUGCUCCACCAAAAAGAACGGCCGGCUGUUGGCUGAGUGCGCCUACAAGGAUCUCCAGGAGGUACCCAAGGGGUUGUCCUCCAAUGUGACCAUCCUCACCUUGUCGGCCAACAGGAUCAGCUGGUUGGGGCAGGGCUCCUUUGCUGAGGUUCCUGAAGUGCAGUCGCUGUGGUUGGGAUACAACCAGAUCGGGGUGGUGGAAGCGGGGACUUUCUCCUUGUUGGUACACCUGAAGAACCUGGACCUGAGCCACAACAAGAUUGCAGAUUUCCCCUGGCAGGACCUCCGUAACCUCAGCGGUCUGCAGAUCCUGAAGAUGAACAAUAACCGCCUGGCCGGGCUGCCCCGGGACGCUUUUCAUUCCCUGAAGGACCUGCGCUCCCUCUGGCUCAAUGACAACGAGUUGACCACCCUGGCCGAGGGCACCUUUGACAACCUGCCCUCCCUGUCCCAGCUACAGAUCUUCAACAACCCCUUCAACUGCUCCUGCAAGGUCUUCUGGCUGAAGAAGUGGACUGAGAACACCUCCGUCUCCAUCACCAAGGGGGGGUCUACCCUCUGUGUGGCUCCCAGCAGGAUGAAGGGCAGGGCGGUGACGGACAUCCCUGACCACUACUGCGUUGCUCCCUCUGUACAGCUCACCUACCUCUCCAACCUGGACAACACCGUCAUGUACGAUGGCCUCACCCUGACCCUGCACUGCAGUGUGGCGGGCAGCCCCCCACCAGAGAUCAGGUGGAAGAUCCAGACCUCCAGUCAACGUGUCGAGAUCAGCGGGCCCAACGUGGCACGGGAUGGAAAUGUCAAGCAGAGCCAAGAGCGCUUCUUGGUCUUCAAGAAUGGCACCAUGGCCAUCCCCAACUUCAGCAAGAAGGAUGAAGGCAUCUACACCUGCCUCGCUGUCAAUGACGUGGGCAUGCGGGAUGUCUCGGUCAACGUGGCCUUGGCUGGGUCAGAGAAUCCGGCUGAAGACCUGCUCCGAGAUGACCCCCAAGCCAGCCACCUCGGGGGACGGAGCUGCUACAAGGGGGAUGAAAUGGAUCCCUCUGGUGCUGGAGAAAAGCUGGUGAUAGUUUACCACAUGUCGAGGGAGUCGAAGAGCAGGGCUGGAGGAGGGCUGUCCCAGGUCCACCUGGGGACCCUCCUCCUGCUGGCUUUGGGCGUCGCGCUCUGCUCUUAA